CCUGGGGGAAGCCAAUGAAAAAACCAGGCCCAGCACGAGGGGGCGGUGCCGUGGGUCACGUGCGCACCUGCGGCCGGCGGCCCAGCGCCCGCACCGCGAGCCCGAGGCUGGGAGCGGGCCGGGCGGGGGCGGGGUUAGGCAGGUGAGUGACAAGCUCGGGGGCCGGCCCAGCCGGGAGUCCGGAGUGAGCCGGGUGUAGCUGCGGCGGUGCCCGCCCCCUCUCCGCCCCUCCAGCGGAGCUGUUCUCCGGCCGGGCACCGUCGCUGGCCCCCCUGGCCCGGCCACCUGGGACUGUGCUGGGGAGUCGGCCACCUCCCUCUCUCCCCUCAUCCGCAAAGUUUGUGGCGAAGCCGGCGCCGGGGCAGAGCGAACCCCAGGGGGGAGGUCGGGGAGCGCCCGAUGACGGACGGCAGGAGCCGUUGACCCCGGACGCCGCUGUCCGGGACAGGAGUGCGGAGCAGUUGACCAGCCCGCCGCCGCCGGUGCAUGGGGCCCGGCUGAGGAUCCAGCAUGGGCAACUGCGUGGGGAGACAGCGCGGAGAGAGGCCGGCCGCCCCGGGACACCCCCGCAAGCGAGCAGGGGCCCUGGGCCAGAGGAAGUAUCCAAGGAGAGAUUUCAGCCUGUGGACCCUGUCCUUCCUGAAUGCAGCCCACCACCCGGUGCUAGUUUGGGUAUGAAUGGAUGGACCCCAUUUUUAGGCUGGAUCGGAGCCUUAGUUUUAGAGGACGCAAUGAGCCCCUGAAGAAGGAGCGGCUGAAGUGGAAGAGCGACUACCCCAUGACGGACGGGCAGCUGCGGAGCAAGCGGGAUGAGUUCUGGGACACAGCACCUGCCUUCGAGGGCCGCAAGGAGAUCUGGGACGCCCUCAAGGCUGCCGCCUAUGCGGCAGAGGCCAAUGACCAUGAGCUGGCUCAGGCCAUCCUGGAUGGAGCCAGCAUCACCCUGCCACAUGGCACUCUCUGUGAAUGCUACGAUGAGCUGGGCAAUCGCUACCAGCUGCCCAUCUACUGCCUGUCGCCACCCGUGAACCUGCUGCUGGAACACACUGAGGAGGAGAGUGUGGAGCCCCCAGAGCCCACACCCAGCGUCCGUCGUGAGUUCCCGCUGAAGGUGCGCCUCUCCACGGGCAAGGACGUGAGGCUCAGCGCCAGCCUGCCCGACACAGUGGGGCAGCUCAAGAGGCAGCUGCACGCCCAGGAGGGCAUCGAGCCGUCCUGGCAGCGAUGGUUCUUCUCUGGGAAGCUGCUCACAGACCGCACGCGGCUCCAGGAAACCAAGAUCCAGAAAGAUUUUGUCAUCCAGGUCAUCAUCAACCAGCCCCCACCACCCCAGGACUGAGGAGCCUACGGACCCCUGGGCAGAGAGGCCAGGGAGGGCCUCUGCGGGGCUGAGAGGCCCCCGGGCUGGAGCACCAGGCCCCUCCCUGCUGCUGCCUUCAAGUGCUGAUGUUUCUUCAGGGGUGCCUCCCUGCUGUUUGGCUGCUGGGCGAGCCGUAAAGGGACCCUGCCUCCCAGGGCCACCGUGGGCCACCAGUGCCCAGCACCCAGGAAGCAGUGCUGCCACACAGGCCUUGCCAACCUUGUCAGAGAAAAGGAAAACUGGGGCCCCCCACCCUGCCUGUCUCCCACCGCAGGUUCGAGCCAUGAGGGCCAGCUGGAGGCCCCUGAAGCCCAGAUCUGUCAUCUGGUGCUUCUAGCUGUGCUCACUCGGUUUUCUGCUCAGGGUCUGAAGCAGCUGCUGUCUCCCUCCCCUCCCCCUACCCCCUGACUCUGCCCUGGGCACAAUGCCAGUGCCCUGGAGGGGAGGGGACUGCUCAUGAGCCCCAGGAGCUGGGAGCCUGAGGCCAACCUUUGCCUCUCCCUGCCCCCAGCACAAUUGGCAGAGAUGAGGCGGUUGGCUGGACAGCUGGGCUGCUGUGGCAGGGGUCUGCCCAGGGCCAUCUCCUGGCUGUAACCCAAACAUGGGGUGCCUGCAGCCAGUCAUGGCCCCACAGCAGGUCCCUGUGUACAGACAUACCUGCAUAUUUAUCAAUAAAGCCUUUUGCUCCUUC